GCUCGAGCGGCCGCUCCGCCCCGGAGCCGCUCCCCAGGGCGCCCCCCGCCCGCGAGCGCCCCGCGCCGCGGGCUGGCCACGCACCGCCACGAUGGCCGAGGCGGGGGCGGAGGCGCCCCCCGAGGAUGGCGAGGAGAUGGAGCUGAGCCUGAACACGCCCACGAGCGAGGGCGUCGAUCUGGCGCUGCCGAGCCCUGGCGGGCUCCACAAGCUCGAGACGGCGGAGCGAGGCGACACCCGCCUGCUCGGCAAGCCCGCGAGCUCCCCCCCUCCCCGCUCCUCGGCCAUGUCCCUGCCGGGCAUCCUCCGCAGGGUCUCCACGGGCGCGUCGGGCUCCGCCGUCGUGCGCCUGCGCACCACGGCGAGCAGCACCUCCAGCUCGCCGACCGAGUCCACGACGCCCACGGGCCUGUCGCGCGUCGCCUCGGACGGCUGCGAGCGCGACAUGCGGCGCAAGGACUCCACGAUCCUGACGCGGGCCCGCCUGCAGCGCGCCUACACCACGGGCUGCGAGGGGGCCAGCACGGACCUCGACCUCUCCCCGCUCGGGCCGCCGCGCAAGGUCAAGAGCGGCGACAGCCUGGGCAGCCCCGACUUGCCCCCCAGGGCGGACAGCGCAAGCCCGACGCUGUGGAGGCGUUUUCAGCGCAGUCUCUCGCCCAAGUCGCUCGCCUCGCCGACGUCGAGGUCCGGCCGGUCCCGCGGGAACCGCCUGGACAGGGUCAAGAGCCUGCUUAGCUUUGGCAAGUCCCCGGUUCCUGACGACGAGUCGUCGGAGUCCCCAUCCCCAGUGAAGCGCGUGGGCUUCUGCUCACCGGCGAAGAACACCACCCACGAGGUGACGCCGUAUGCGAGGAAGUACGGCGUCCACCCGAGUUUCUUCUACUUCAGCCGGAGGGGCGACAAGCAGUUGACUGACACGGGCAUCGUGGAGGAGAUGCGGAGAAAGGAAGAAGGCUUGGCUCCGCUGAAGCUGGACGCGGAUCUCUCGUAGUCAUGAGGAUCAGCUUGCCUCGGUCUCGCCCGCUUGGCGGCGGCUCUCCGGCGUCAGAGUCCGCGGCAGCUCCGGGUGCGCGCGCGCCCUGCCGUGGGUCAGCGAGCUGCCUAGUUUGCCGACGCCGCGGGACAUGCCCGACCUACGGUCAAAACGCCACAUACAACGUGCACGUGGUGACUUUGAUGUGCACGCUAUUCGGGGGUCGUACAGAGUGCACGUCGUAGGAGGGGUGCACUCUAUGCGCGGUUGUGCAGCGUUUAGCGUGCACUUCCGAUGGCUGAGACAAAAACGUUUAGCGUGCACGUCUGAUGUCUCAGCAAAAAACGUUUAGAGCGCACCUGUGUUUUCAGAAUGUCGAUCUGGCUCAGCAGUCCCUGGAACCACACUCUGCCUUUCGGCCUCCGCAGGCCCGAGCCACUUCUGCAUCCUCCUCCUCCUCCUCCUCCUCCUCCUCCUCCUCCU